AUGUCAGGCUAUCGGAGUGACAUUGAUCCCUUUAAGGAGAUUCGUGUCCUCCCGCGCGAAGUGGCUCAGCUGCGCCACCAUCUCAGUCGCAUCAACCACGCAUUGCAAACCAAGUACUUUGUGGCGGCGGAGCUGUCGGAGCUGGCACUGCAGCCGGACAGGUCGGAUGAAUUCCUCGCGCUCUACACGGGAGAGAUCCACCGCGUGGUGACGAGGCUCAACAAGAACGCGAAGAGGCAGUACACCGUUAGAGUAGACCCGCUGCGAUUAACAUCUGGGUUUGAUUUCCAGCGCGCCGCGGACCACAAGGGGAAUCUCGUAGAAGGCGUCACCCCAGGGAAUGUUGAGGGGCUGACGUCUCCUGAAGUGGAUGGGAAGUGGACAGCAUCUCUCGUCGAGACAGGCAAGCAGCUUGCCCAGCAGCAGGCUAUAGAUGCCCGUCGUCAGGCACUCGCAGUCGCUUUACAGUCGACGCCGUCGACGCAGCAAACGCAAAGCAUGAAAGACGGUGGUGGUGUGGAAGCGGCGGGCAGUGGUGCCACGGGUGGUGCCUCCACCGGUGCCAUUGACUCGGAUGUGCGCAAGGCGAACAAAGAGAGCUUCUUGUUUAGCACCCCACCGGAGUUCACAGGGUUUACCCCCUACUAG